GAGGCCAGGGUGGGCGGAGGGAAGCUGUGGGGAGAUCGCAGCACCCAGCGCCAAGCGCAGCGCAGCAGCAGGAGCUCCCACCGACGGGCGCAGCUGGAGCGAGCAGUGCAGGGAGGCGUGCUCUAAGUCGAGAACCGAGCCGGGCGGCAUCCCACAGCCGCAGCACCACAGACCGGCUCCCUCCUCGCGUCCCUGCUCCUCACCGCGCCCCUCAGGCCAACAUGAGGCUCCUGGCGGCUGCGCUGCUCCUGCUGCUCCUGGCGCUGUGCGCCUCGCGCGUGGACGGAUCCAAGUGCAAGUGUUCCCGGAAGGGGCCCAAGAUCCGCUACAGCGACGUGAAGAAGCUGGAAAUGAAGCCAAAGUACCCACACUGCGAGGAGAAGAUGGUUAUCAUCACCACCAAGAGUAUGUCCAGGUACCGGGGCCAGGAGCACUGUCUCCACCCUAAGCUGCAGAGCACCAAACGCUUCAUCAAGUGGUACAAUGCCUGGAACGAGAAGCGCAGGGUCUACGAAGAAUAGGGUGACCGAUCUCGGGAGGAAAAAUUCCAGGCCAGUUGAGAGACUUCAGCGGAGGACUUUGCAGAUUAAAAUAAAAGCCCUUUCUUUCUCAGACAAAUUAUAUAUUGCUACGAAGCUCUUCUUACCAGGGUCAGUUUUUACAUUUUAUAGCUGUGUGUGGAAGGUUUCCAGAUGUGAGACCCAGCUCUCCCGAACUCCAGACUUCAUCUCCAGCGGCUUUUUGCCGAAAUGGGGAGGCAGGGCGGGGAGGGGGGCGAAUAACUCUUUCCUUUGUAAAAUAAGGGGUUUUGUAUUUGUCCGUAUGUGACAACACAUCUGAGCUUUAUGAGCGCCUGGAAGGGACAGUGAGCUUGGUUGAGGCAUUUCAUUGCACCAUUGCUCCGGUCCAGGCUUGCGAAGCUUCCGCUCAGGGGGCCUGGCGCCUCGGCACAGCUGCCACGGGCUCUCCUGAGCUUAUGACUGGUCAGGGUUUCCCUGUGACUUGACAGUGGCCCCUGUUGUAGGGCAACUGGGAGCAGGUCCUUCGACAUCUGUGCCGCCAGGAACUCAAUCUUGUUACCAGGAUAAGCUUCAUCCCUGCCCCCCACCCCAGUUCAUGAUCAGGCAAGCGAUCCUUAAAGGAGCUGGGUCUUUCUUCCAACCUGAAGGUUUCUGCUGCUUUGGUAGUUGAUGCUUCUGAAGUAUGGGACGGUCCUGGCACUGUGAGAAAACAACCCAAGGAAGAAACGGAAAGAUUCAGGGAUAUAUGCACAACAAACAGCCGGAGCUACACCUCCUAUUGGCAAAGGGGAACUUUCAAAGUUUUGUUUCUUCCCCGCACCCCAACAGAAAGCACACCCUCCUUCAGUGCAGAUGCAAACAGGGCAGUCCUCUUUGGGAGCUAGGAGUUAGGAUGAUCCUGUGCCCUCUCCUGUGUACAUACCACCUUCCGUGCGCCCUGCCGCACGUUGCCCUUCAGUAGAGGCCGCACUGGACGGCUGUUUCUCUGCUAUGUAAAUGCUGAGACCCUUGAGCUGCAUGCAGGUUUCAUGUUCUUUCUAAGAUGAAAAAGAAAGUAAUAAAAUAUAUUUGAAGUU